CUCCAGAUAAACAUUGUCUUCGUCUUCGUUCUUUUCUUCCAUGGCUGUUACUUCGUUUCUUGACAACCUUUUCAGAAGAAGAAAGAAGAAGUAUAGAGACUCCAUUAGCCUUUUCGAAUACGAAUUUGAGACCAUCAGAGCUGCAACUAAUGAGUUCUCGGACCUUAUUGGUCGUGGCCGUUGUGGCUCUCUUUACAAGGGUAAUCUUCAAAGCGGACAAGAAAUAGCAGUCAAGAUACUUUGCAAUAGAUACUACAGAGAGUUUCUUAAUGAAGUUAAUCUUUUGCCAAAGCUUAGGCACAAGAAUCUGAUCCAUCUUCUUGGUUUCUGCUCUGAACAAGGCCAAGAUUUUCUUGUUUAUGAAUUCAUGCCUAACUCAAGCCUCGAUCAGUUUAUAUUCGAUCCAUGUAGAGCUUCUCAGCUAAGUUGGGAGACCUGUCGAAACAUUUUUGUAGGGAUAGCUCAAGGGUUACAGUACCUUCAUGAAGAAUCUGGCUUGCAGGUUGUUCACCUCGACAUUAAACCUAGUAACAUUCUUUUGGACGAAGAUUUUAACCCGAAAAUCACGGGUUUUGAAGUGGUGAGGCAGAUUCAAGAUGGCCAAAACAAAGCAGAAUCCACUAGACUUUUCGGUACUGCUGGGUAUAUAGAUCUACAUUUCCACCAAACUUUGCGUUUUUCUGCCAAAAAUGAUGUUUAUACCUUUGGAGUUACCAUCUUGACGAUCAUAACCAGAAGAAGAAUUCAUAGUUCGAAUGAAGAAACUCUAAUCCAAUAUGUGAGUUUAUAUCAAAGCAAGCAUGGUUUUGUCAUAUAGGCUCUGAGAUGCUGGACCAGAGGUGAGCCCAUCAAUGUGAUCCAUGAAGUCAUGAGAAAAGAAGACAGACAAGGCUCGAUAAGCGAAAUCUUGAGAUUCAUUCACAUUGCUCUGCUCUGUGUCGAUGUCAAUCCAGAUACAAGGCCCAGUUUAGAUGAAGUUCUUCUUUGGUUUAGUUGUUUCUCUACUCCUUUACCUGAACCAAGAAUUGGUAAUCAGUCUCUUGUAGAGGGAGAAACAAUUGAUUAUAUGUCUCUUGAAGAGAAAGAGUUAUUGUCGCCAUCUCCUGGAUAUGGCUCUCCUAUGUCACCCGUGUCUCCACGUUAAGGAGACUUAAGUGUCAUGGAGUGAAUUUAGUCUCUACUUGAAUGCUCUUUUUAUUUCUUUGUUGAGAGUUAAUAAUGAAGAUGGUCUGUGGGUUACUCUUAGAAAACAAAUAGAAUCCAGAUCUAUAUAUUUGAUUCGA